AUGACCAACAUCACCGCCACCACUGCCACUCCUAUCCCUGCGACCAAAGCGGCCGCAAACUCCCUCCCCGCCGAAGAUGCCCCCCUUUUCCCGACCUCUUUGAUCUCCGCCGAAGUGGCCGCUCAGCUGCCCGAGGAUUACACCAUCCGUCCCAUGCGCCGCUCCGAUUACAAGCGGGGCUACCUCGACGUCCUGCGUGUGUUGACCACCGUCGGAGAAAUCACCGAAGAGGACUGGGACAAGCGGUUCGACUGGAUCUCGUCCCGCAACGAUGAAUACUACAUGCUGGUGAUUGUGGACGGAAAGGAUCGCGUGGUCGGCACGGGCAGCUUGAUCGUGGAGCGGAAGUUUAUCCACUCCCUGGGUCUCGUCGGUCACAUCGAAGAUAUUGCCGUGGAGAAGGACCAGCAGGGAAAGAAGCUGGGACUGAGAAUCAUUCAGGCCCUGGAUCACGUUGCUUGCAGUGUGGGUGCUUACAAGACGAUCCUGGACUGCUCGGAAAUCAACGAGGGUUUCUACCAGAAGUGCGGCUUCAAGCGUGCCGGCCUUGAGAUGGCCCACUACUACUGA